GGAGCAUUCAAGAUCCAAAUAUCCACGGAAGGGAUUGCACUAAACUCGACAUGAUGUAUACCGUACCUGUACAUGGAUGUCAUAGCGUGUAAAUACUAGAAAUGAAGACGAUGAUAAUGAAAUCUAGCAUUGAAAUGUGAUCGGAGAUCCCUCGCCGCUAAAAACGGCGCUCCUGUUACCCGUAGGCUGUAUCAUGGCGAGGACAGGGAUGCGAGAUGUUCAGGUUACAGGAAGCCACCACAUUGAUCCAACAACAUCCUCUCAACUUCCGUACCUGAUUCAUCGACACUACAUCUGCUACGGUCCUCUUCAGCUCGCUAUAUACCAUUUUCUCAAAGCCUCCAUCCUCUCCAAGUACACGACGCUCUUGGAAAAACACCCAGACCGACACUUGUGGCCGCCACUUGAAAACAUCCCCGACAAAUCGCCGCCGUUGCCUGGUUCCCCUCCUCAACCAAUCCCACCACGUCUCCCCUCUUUCACUCCUAUCCUCCUGAAUCCCCUAGACUCCAAUACGGCGAGAUUCUGCGAAGGCUAUAAAUACAAACAACCCCGACAAUCCGUGGGUGGAGGAGUAGAGAACGGUCGGGACGGCGUUGCGAAUUCGGUGUUGGAGGUGUAGGGUUGGGGCAUGCGAUUGUUGAUUCUACCGCCACUGCGUUCCUUUUCCACUCUCUCGUCCGUUCUCUCACUCGCCCGGCCGGACUACUAAUUCACCGCCGACCGUGACACGACUCCCCAACGAGUAUAGCGUCCAUGGCCAUGGAUCCGCAGAGCGUGGCGUUUACCCCUCGUGAGGAUGCGUGGCGCUUCCAGACGGAUAUGCAUCAAGUUCGACAGACGCA